GUCUCCGUUCAUCUCCGUCGUUUCUCUUUGCGUUUGACUCUCUCUCUCUCUCUCUCCCCCUUCAUAUCCUUCGCUUCCUUCUCACUCACCCUUCUAACUCUGAUCUUUCUCUCUCUCUCUCUCUCUCUCUCUCUCUCCACCUUCUUCUUUCAUUCCACACAUACACACAACAAACUCUGUCCCUUCCUUUGUUCCUUUUCCUCUCUCUCUCAAACACAACACAGACAUACAUAUAUAUAUAUACACAUACACACCCCAAGCACUUCUCUGAUUCCUCUUUCUACACCCACCCCCAUCAGCAAAGGAACCAUUUUUAUCAUCUCUUGUUACCAUUCUCAUAAAGGGUCGGUGUUACUUAUUACUGUGAGAAGAUCAUCAUUCAUCACUGUUGCUUUUUCCUUAGCCCCCUCUCUCUCUCUCUCUGGAUUUGUUUUUUUGAAAGUCUCUUUGGCUAUUGAGAUAAGACAGAGAGAGAAAAAAAAAAGAGAAGAAGGAACAAACAAGACAUGACUGGCAGCAAUGAAGUCAACCUUAAUGAAUCUAAGAGGGUUGUUCCACUCAAUACUUGGGUGCUUAUCUCCAAUUUCAAGCUGGCUUAUAAUCUACUAAGGCGUGCAGAUGGAACAUUCAAUCGAGAAUUGGACGAUUUUCUCGACCGCAAGGUACCUGCCAAUACAAUUCCUGUUGAUGGGGUGUUCUCUUUUGAUCAUGUUGAUAAGAAAACUGGCCUCUUCAACCGGGUUUAUCAGCCGGCACCGGAGAAUGAUGCUAGGUGGGGCAUGAUAGAGUUGGAGAAGCCCUUGAGCACCACCGAGGUUGUGCCCGUCAUAAUCUUCUUCCAUGGUGGAAGCUUCUCUCAUUCAUCAGCUAAUAGUGCUAUCUAUGACACUUUCUGUCGCCGCCUUGUCAGCAAUUGUAAGGCUGUUGUGGUGUCUGUGAAUUACCGGCGAUCGCCGGAGCAUAGAUAUCCGUGUGCAUAUGAAGAUGGCUGGGCUGCACUUAAGUGGGUCAAGUCAAGGGUAUGGCUUCAAAGUGGAAAGGAUUCCAAGGUUCAUGUGUACAUGGCCGGGGAUAGUUCCGGCGGUAACAUUGCUCAUCAUGUGGCAGUGAGGGCUGCCAAGGAAGAUGUCGAGAUUCUAGGUAACAUUCUUCUCCAUCCGUUGUUCGGUGGGGAGAAGAGGACAGAGUCAGAGAAGAAACUCGACGGGAAGUACUUCGUGAAGUUGCAAGACCGCGAUUGGUAUUGGCGAGCCUUCCUUCCUGAAGGCGAGGACAGAGACCAUCCGGCUUGUAACCCAUUUGGUCCCCGGGGUAAGAGCAUCGCAGGACUAAAGUUCCCGAAGAGCCUAGUUUGUGUUGCGGGUUUGGAUCUUCUCCAAGAUUGGCAAUUGGAAUAUGUUGAAGGCCUCAAGAACAGUGGCCAGAAUGUGAAACUUCUUUACCUAAAAGAGGCCACAAUUGGAUUCUACUUCUUACCAAACAAUGAUCACUUCUAUUGCCUAAUGGAGGAGAUGAAGAAUUUCGUUAAUCCUAACUGUUAAUAUACUACCACCACUUUUAACCUUGCUCUACAGGAGGCCAUACAUAACUAUAAGCCUGACAUUUUCACUUUGAGUUUUUUCUAUUUUUUAUUUCCUACUAUUUUUGUAUCCUACUUUAUAGUAGUGGUGUGUAGUUAUAUAUAAUUGUGUAGCAUUACUCACUGUUAUAACAUCUAUGGUGGUUGGUUCUGCUAAAUUCGGGGCUGUUCUGCGGCUCAUGUAGGGUAGCACCGGUUAUACCGGAGUUUGGUCGAAACUGCAGGUAUCUUCCUACCGAAGGCAAUCGCGAAGUACCAUAGUUUCGGGUCGUUUGCGGGGUUUCGCUGAAUCACCAUAUACAAGAUUACAAGCUUUGCCCCAUUUUAACCUUUUCAACCUCAAUAACAGGAGGGGAGAUCAGAACAUAGAAGAACAGGGCUUGGCUGUGAUGAUCACUUUGAUAGAAAGUGAAUACAUAUCUUUUGUUUGUAGCACUUAUUACUGAAUUGAUUUGGAGCAGCAGAACCCCAAAAUCCUGUUAUAGAACUUGUGUAUGUUAUAUAUAUAAUUAUAUAUCUAUAUACAUAUGUCUCCACUAGAGUUAUAUAAAUGCUUUUCUUUUUU